GAGGAAGGUCGCGCGACACGAAGGCGGCGCGUGCGACAGGACGGCCACACGGCGGCGUUCAACAGUCGUCAGUCCGUCAGUCGUAGUCAAUCGUACGUCACGUCUCGCGUACGUCGACCAUUCCGAACACGGUUCGCCACGUUUUUCAAAAUUUGAAAAAACCCGCCGAUACAUUCGACUCUUGACUCGCUUUCGACCCCGAGCCGUUUCCCGCCGUAGACGUCAUCAUGGUAAAGUCGUCCUGCAGCUGGUUGACCGCGUCCGUGGUAUGCGCCGUGAUCGCGCUGGUCGCCGCCGACCAACCGCAACCGUCCGGCCAGGUGGAAACGUUGGCCAACGGUCUGAAAAUCGAAUACGUGUACACGUUGGACGGAUGCGAACCGAAGUCCAAGGCCAACGACAUGCUCACCAUGCACUACACCGGCAAACUGUUGGACGGCACCAAAUUCGAUUCCAGGUAAGCGCGGGUCAAAAGCAACGAUCACGAAUAUUAUAAUGAUACCCGGUAAUAAUAAUAAUAAUAAUAAAUAGCGCAUUGUCGUCGGAGUCCCGGUAAGAAUGGGUUUUUUUUUUUUUUUUUCGUAAAACUUUCGCCUACCGGACGGCCGAGGGACGGCAGUAAGUUUAUAGCGGAGCCGGCGGUUUCGCAAAAAGUUUCCCCCCCCAACCUAAUCCUGCAACACGUGUUGGGCGUAUAUUUUAUUAUAAUAUGAAAAAAAAAAAACGUAAUAAAAAACCCCAAGGGCCAACCACCGGUGUUCGAUUGGAAAAUAAUGUAAGUGGCAAUAAACGCGUAAAUAUUAGAGACGCGCGGGUACACGCCACUUAGAAACGGUCAUAUUUUCGAAACCCUACCUACAACACCGGCGCGGUGACCGUGCGGACGAGGAACGAAAAUCGUUUUUCCGCCGCGGCUUUCAUGGCCGCGCGUUAAAUUUCGCAAACGUCCGUUUUUGCCGUCGCGGCCGUUCCUUCCACGUGUACGGUUCCGACGUCACACGGCAAUUGUAUAAUACGUUAUGUACAGGUUUCCCACAAUAAUCGCGUUUCGUCACGCCGCAGAUUAGAUUAGAAACAAAGAAAACAACCAAACAAAACAAACAUAGAUUGCCGCCGCGGUAACCGGCGCAUUAUAGUACGCGCAACCGGUAGCCGGGACCGUUAUCGGGCCGCGUCGCGUUUUUGAAUAUUCCACUCGUAUCGAGAACGCGGACGCGGAACGUUCGGAUAUCAAUAAUAAUGAUAAUGAUAAUAAAUAAUAAUGAUAAUAAAUAAUGCACAAAUGCAUUAUGUACGAUACAUUUGCGUAUUAUUGCUGUUAUUAUUGUAACGUAUCGCGCGCGGUUGAUUUAUACGAGUCGCGAGACAUCCGCGAGGGAUGAGAUGUACUCAUAUUGCACGGGACCGCCGUCCCCAGCCACCGACCGUUUGAAUUAUAGAUACGUAUAUAGGUAACCCCCUCCCCCCCCUCAAUCUUUCCCGUCAUAUUCAUUAUUUACCGUAAUCACACGUGAAUAUAAAGUGUAUACCAAAUAUUAUUAUUAUUAUUAUUACGUAGAGUGCGCCUCGGUGUACGACAGUGCAGUUUUUUUUUUUUAUGGUUUUCGAUAUCGUUUUGGGUUUUUUUUUUUUUAUAGAUUUUUAGCACAGCAAAAAUCGUAAUACUCGCCUAAAUAUACCUACACUGGUUUUACUAUGAUGUUUACGAUUUUUUUUUUUCUGUCUUUAAACGACUUUUCUACUACCAGAAACCCUUGCUCCAUUCGAAAACGACAGCAUAGUAUUUUGGAAACUAGUUGGGGAGAUGAUUUUUACGUUUGGUUCUUCUCGCAAUUUGUUUAAUAAUUUGUGAAAACUGACAAAUUCACGGCGACUCCAACGAUUCUGUUUUUCUAUACUAGAAACGUAAUUUCAAGUGUAGCAUCUUUCCUGAAAAAAAAUGUACAGGUAAUGUUUAGAAAAUUAAAUGCGAGGUUCGUUAUAAAUUUUACUUAGUGAUAAAAAUACAAAGUUUAGCGUAAUGUAGUAGUUUAUUUUGUUUUAUAAGCGUUUAUUUUGAGUUCAAAUGUGUACAAAAAUCCCAAAAAUCACGGUUUUUGAAACAUGGAGAUAUAACCAAAAACACUUCGCUCAAAAUCGUAGUUCGUCAGCAAUAAUUUAUCGUCGCGUACAAAUAUAAAUUAAAUAGUUCCGUGUGUUCUACAUUCAGAACUUAUUCCCAUUAAAAACAUUGGCACACCCAUCAGCAGUAUCAACUCUUUUUUCUUGUUGUCAUUCGGUUAAAAACAACAUCGUAGAAACCGAAAAUUGUCACCAACUACAAAAAUUCGAAAGGUAAAUUACAAACGGAAAUCAGUGUACAAGUACAAAUGUUUGGUAAUCAUUGGUUAAAAUCAUCAUGUACUGAAAUAUGAUGCACACAAUACUCAUCGGUGAUUUAUAUUCUGUUUAUAUUGGUCAGUUUUAGACUUUUGUGCGGCGGUUUUUUUUUUUUUAGUUUAUAUUCUGCUUUAUGUGAUACUUCGUCAGCGGCAACAGAGGAAAAAAAAAUAAAAAAUUUACAAAUUUAAAAUAAUUAAUUCGAUUAUUAUUAAUUUGAAAAAAAAUUAUUAACAUUUAUUCGCAGGCCUAAUUAAUUCAAUCGCGGACAAAUAAAAUUGUUAUAGAAGACUAACAUUUUAACAGCUGUCGUCAAUGUGUGCUCGGGUACAAAAUAUUUCACGAUUUUUUUUUCUCCUAAACGGUCGGUAAACUAUUCCAAACCGGUUUUUCAGUCGGACAACGGGUUUUUUUUUUUUUUUAUGUACAUCAACUCUCGAUAUAAUACUCGAAAAAAAAAAUUCAAAAAUAGGUAGUAACACAUCUCUUAAUACGAAAUGUAAUUUUUGGUUACCUAAUUUUAACGAUUUUAAUGCAGUUUGUUGGCCUAAACGCGUUUAUUUUUUUUCCCAUUACAUAAAUUCACGGAAUCGUUUUUAAAUAUUGCAAAGCAACCGUCGUAGUAGAUGUUACAUACGCGAAAUGACGAAAAUGCGCAUAUUACUUUCGAUUUAUGUAAUAGGUAUCAUUAUUAUUAUUUUUUAUUUGAUAUAAUCCAGCGAUAGGUUACAUGGAUAUGCUCAGUGUUAAAGACGAAUUUUAAAAUAUCUAGAUAAUUAUAAGAGAUAAUUGAAUAGUUAUUCAAAUGAAGAUAAGAAUAAAGAACAGAAUUUUUUGAACUCGUUAAAAAAAAAAAAAAAAAAACGUAUAAUUUUGUUCAUGAUCUAUCAUAAAACUAAGUACCUGCUAAAAGUGUAUCAUAUUUGGUACAUAAUAUCUAGGUAUCAAAACGAUUGUGUAGUUGAUGUUAUUUUAUAAUAAUAGUUUAUUUAGCCAAACAUACCUAUAGUACCUAUAUAUUUAAUAUAAAUUAAACAUUUUAUCUGUUAUUUAUAAUAAUUCUUUAAAUUACGAUUUAAAAACAGACUUAUCGAGAUAAAUUUAUCAAGAUGAUUCAAUUAUUUAUCUUGGGCAACUCAUUUCUCAUUUAUCUAGAUAAUUUAAAAACUUGUCUAUAUAGAUAAAAUCCAACACUGCCUAUGUAUUAUGACUUACCGUUAAUAAUAUAAUAUGUUUACCUCUACAAAAACCGAUAUUUUAUACGGUGCGUUCACGCUAAGAGGUAAAUACCACUAAAUAUUUCAGUUGGCUGACCUACUAUUGAAAUGGAAUUUUCGAGAUAUUUUCAUUCAAAUUUUAAAACAUUUGAAAAUGUGUAUUUAGGUACUCCUUAUCAUUCGCCAAAAAUUCUAUUUCAAUACUAGGUCAUCCAACUGAAAUAUUUAAUGGUGAAAUAUUCAGUGGUGGAACGCACUGUAUACGUAAUAUGGAUUAAGUGAUAAUUAUUAUUAAAGAUAGAGGGAAAAAUAAUCUCGUUAAUUUUGAAUAGGUUUUCUACCUGUCUGCACGCUCAGCCAGCAGCAUACAAGUAGGCGGCGUGGACCUCAAUAUCUCGAAACACCUCGGUAAACUGUAAAUUAAUAGCUUUCUCUGCCCUUCUCCCCCAUAUAAUUCCGGUCACGCAUCGUCGCCAUCCUUUUUAUCGUGGUCCCAAAAGACGUCGCUGGUUCGUAUUAUCUAACUAGUUUUAAUAUCGUCAUUGAACGCGCGAGGGGUUUCAGACGAUUUGACGAUCAAAAUAUGUCUGAUUAAAAAGGAAAAGAAAACACGUAUCCGUGCGUGCAGGCAGUAAUAAAAGAAAAAAAAAAAGAAAAAUGCUGAUACUACUGAUGGGUGUGCCAUUGUUUUAGGAAGAGAGUUGAAAUGGAGAAUGUUAAGAGUAGGUAAUUUAAUUUUUAUAUACACGCGACGAUAAACGAUUCUGAGCAAAAUAUUAUUGGUCGUAUUUUUUCCCAUGUUGACAAGAGAUAUCUACAAGGAAAACCAAAAAAUGACCGCCUCAACGCACCUGCAAUUCGAUCGAAUAUGCUACAAGAAAGUCCCUAAAAAAUGUUUGAUUGGAACAAAGCUCCCGGUAGAAAAGUUGUUUCCACGUACAAAAAAAUCACAUUAAAACCACACACUCCUCGCUUCGUUCAAAAUCAUUAAAACAUAACAUUUCAACAUGACGUUGUUUGUAAAAUCGUAAUUUUCAAACCUCGUCGUGCUGCAGUCUGUACAGUCUAUAUAAUACUAUGCAGAAGUUGAUUUUUUAAAGUUUCCGAUACAAGUAAUAAAUAUCUAAAACCAGUCGGUGGCUGCGCCGGGUAACGUCUGCUGUAUAAUAUGUAUACGUAUACAACAAUGUACCUCAGAUUUCGGUUUGAAAUGUUUGUUCGCGACUUUAUCUGCGGUUCAACUUCGAGACACGUAAAUAUAGUGCAAAGCCGUAUACCGAACCCUUUGAUGUACUACGUUGCGCAGCUAUCGUUGCAUAGAUAACUAUACACAUAUAUUAAAUUAUAUUCAAAUAAGAGAGGAGAUUUCUGUGGAUUUCGAAGUUAAACAAUAGGUACAACAUUAUAACUAUAUGUUCAUUUUUGUAUCGAAAACGGUUGCAUUUCCGUUCAAUUUAAACCGUAUAUAAUACGUGGAACGCCGACGAACAACGGAUACAAGAGUCGAACGUAACCGUCCACUCUAUAGAUUAUAGUCGUUUUCUUGUUAAAAACUAAAUAUUAACAACUGCCGAACACCGAUAACAAUACGAUGUAACUGUGCAACAGAAUACACUCAAAAUAAUGACAAAACAAAUUACGGGUCGGGGGGGGGGGGAAAGGGCACAAAAGGCACGCGCUUAUCGACACUAACGCCGUGGAAAAUUUCAUCGCCCGACUCGAUUCAGGCCGGCGUCUGCAGACUAGACGCCCGCCUCUUGGCGAAAACAUCACGACGAAAUUCGAGCUCGAAUUUAAUCGCUUCAAUCCGCCUUUAAUAACAACGAUAUAAAGUCCCGGGGUUCCCCUCCCCCUCCUGCCGUUUCAAAGUCGAUAUUAAACACGGAUACGGAAUAAUAUAACACUACAGCACACCUCUGUAAUAAUAAUAAUAUAUUAUGUGUACGUUAUAUUAUGCGUAUCCACGGGUAAUUGACAGACAAGCGCGUUACGUUUUAACAACACAAUACGGCACGGGCGAGACGACGGUUAUAAUACAAUAUUGAUAAUAAAUCAUUUGCUCUGCGAACGGCGAAUAAUUUAUGUCGAAGCAGCGGAGUUAAUCGGUCAGAAACUUUGUUGAAGAUCUAAAAGCUUCGAUAAUGAAAACUGUCACCGCGGGUUUACCGCGGCGGCGCCGUCGGCGGGUAUAUUAUCCGCCGGGUAUAUUAUGUAGGCGAGCGUAAGAACGGCAAAAGCGAAAUAUCGCAGCGCGCGAAAUUUCAAACUCUAAAAUAUCGUAUACGAGAAAAGCCUUUUAGCGGGCGACAGUGUUGGCGACGACGGCGGUGUGCUGCAGGUGCCGCGGCGGGCGGAAGGGAAGACCGGCCGUGUGCGAAACGGCACGCGUGGCACAUAAACGGCGAUAUAUUUUAAAUGUAAAUAUACGAAAUAAUAACAACGACGAGGUAAUAAUAAUAUUUGAAAAUAUGUUCACUUUCGAACGGAGGAGACUCGAUUAAUCACAAUAAACGCUCGCCGAUAUUAUUAUUAAGUUCCUAUAUACCGCGCGCGCGCGCGUGUGUGUGUGUGUGUGUGUGUGUGUGUGUGCGCGCGUAUGGGUUUUGUAAUUUUUUUUUCGCCCUCCUACGAAAAAGAAAAACGCUUUUUUUCUUCUAUCUUUUUUUUUUUUUCUACUGAGCUUAAGAUCCGACCGAAAACCGCCGUACAUAUAUACGUUAUACGAAAGCCGGUGUAAAUCAUUUGUCACUACGUGCGUAUACCGCACGUAGGUUCACAGAGCGCCACGUGAAAUGGGGAAUAGUCUUAUACGGUAGGUAGGUAGGUAGGUAAUGUUAAAAAAUAAAAAUAAAAAAACCGUCUUGGUAAUCGGUUCUCAUUUUCAUCGGGAAAUGUAUAGCGCUGCGGUAGCUACAACGCGAAACCAAAAGUGAUAAAUGACCGCGUAUAUUUCGUGAUAACUAAAUAUCAACUAUAAAACGUAUAUAAGACUUGACGUAUAACUCCUUUUCUACGACACGGAUAUUUAUGAUAUUAUCAUUAUGCGACAAUUUACUGAUAAUAAAUUAUGGUUUUUUUGGGGGGACCGAUGAUAUAUAAUGUUAUAUCGACCAGUAUAGUCGUUCGAGUACAAUCGCAAGAGACAGCGUCCUGCAAAUUCUGCAGAUAGACAUUUCAAGUAGAGCGGAUUGCGAUAGAAUUUACGAAUCUAUUAGACAUAGAAAAACGUCUGUAAAAGUGAGGUCGCGAUACAAUAAAAUAUAGACCGAUAGUGUGUGUGUGUGUGUGUAUUCGCACAUACAGACGACGCCGUGGUAAUCAAUAUCGCUCUCAUUUCACUGGGCAUAGUAAAUAUCUUAUACGUAAUGCUAGUGUGAUAACAGCACAGAUAUGGUAUACAAAACAGAUGCGAUGGUUGCGCGCGGCCAUCAUUUAAUUCGACACCUUAUAUCGUAUAAUCAUACAUUAAUUGUAUCGCGAUUACUGUCGGAUCUGACUUUUUAUAAAAUCGUCAAUAUGGACAAUAAGGCCCACGAGCCUCGAAUCAUACGGCAGAUCGGAAUUUUAUCGGUUAGCUAUCUAUUAAGUGUAUUGUAGGUAAACUGGUGUACGUAUUAUGUCCGCGGAUAGCGGCUUUCGCGAUAGUUCGCGACGGUGUUACUAUCGCGGUACGGUGAAUUUCGCGAACUUGGCGAUUGCGACUGCCGUCAUUUGCAUAACCGGGCAAUCAACGCGAUACUAGACGGAACCGUUUUCGAAACGAGUUUUUUCAACUGUAAAAUUGUGAUAAUUAUUAUUUCCGGGCGUGUAGUAUUUAUACAACGCGUACAUGGUGCGCCUUUCUGCAUAACGUUAUUACCGCAUCGCACCGCAAACCUAACCGCUUGUAAACGCGCGCAGGGCCGUCGACGUUUUAAAAAAUGUAAUCCCUUUCGUUGAACUCUCCGCGCGACCGUAUUUUCGUAAUAUCCAUUAUGAUUCAUAAUGGAUCGUCGUCAUAAUAUUGCACCUAUUGCGUGUCUACGUUUCUGCGUCCCCGAUAUUAAAAUUAAACCGCGUCUUCACGGCGCAAACGAGCCGGCUGCGGGGCAAUGCAAUGAUGCCGAUAAACGUGUACCUAUCUACGUUGUCCGCCUAUAUAUAUAUAUAUUUAUAUUUACGUAUAUUAUACAUAUUUAUGAACGUUAUAUUAUUAUUAUUAUCUUAGCCGAACCUGUACGAGCCCUGUAGUACAGUCGGCUGUAAGUCGCCCUCGCACAGUAUACGCGCAUUACAGUCGUGUAAUAUUCAAACGUCUUGGCCCGAUGCGGUAUACGUAUACACGGGGCGAUGUUCUCCGCUCUCGACGUGAAUAAUAUAAAUUACGGCGCGUACCUGCGCUCUCGUGACCGAACCGGCGGCGGUAAUGUAAUCCUUAACACAACAGUUAUUACACUAUACGUAUUAUAAUAAAAUAUAUAGCGUACGGAUGACGUACCGGUUACCAUUCGGUUAUUAUUAUUCGAGCAUUUCGGCCGUUAUAGGCACCGGAAAAAAAAAAAAAAAAAAAAAAAUGUUACUGUUGAUAUUGUGUUUGUGUGUGUGUGUGUGUGUAAUUUAACGCUGCAGCAGUACUAUAUAGUGUGUCGCUGGGGAAAUCGUUCGAACGAUAAUAUAUAUAUAUAUAUAUAUAUAUAUAUAUAAAAAUAAUAAUAAUAAUAAAAACUACCGUAAUCGUAUAAAAGCGAAAAAAAACGAAACAAAUAAAACCUGGGAUCGUAAAAUAAAUUUCGACUAUUAUUCGUCGGGAAGAAUUAAAAAAAAAAAAAACGCGCACGAGUCGUUCAGACGUGCAGCUAACAAACGAACGAUACGCACUAUUGUAACGUAACCGCACAAACCGCACGGUCGAACGAAAACGAAAUUUUCGAAAUUCUAAGUCAAUGCGAUGAGACACGUAUUAUAACCUUUAUAUUGUAUACCCUAUAGUCACAAUAUCUAUAAUAUCUGCUACGUGUUAUUUUUUAUUGCCGACCAAUACAGUGCAGGUUAGGUCGGACGUUUGCGCUGACGUUGCGCGUAUACUAUUACAUUUUUGCAUCGACAAUAUUAUACGGCUGCAGCGAAUAAAAAUCGCAAUAAUACAACAACCGAAUUCAAAUAUUUAGCCUCCUAUAAUAUAAUAACAACGAUAGCAUUUGUAUAUCAAUACGUGUUAUUGAAAAGUGCAGUAUACCAGACGUGUCCCUGAAGGGAGGGGGGGGGGUGACGAUCGAGAGAAGUAGACCUACAUUGGAAAAACGGAAAAUUUACGAAAAAAUGAUUUUUAUUAUUUUAAAUUGUGUUAUUUAUUGUAACUCAGUUAAAAAUACUCGUAGAGACUUGAAAUUUGGGCAAAAAACUUAUAUUUGCUAUUUUUAAGUGGUAAAACUGUAAAAACAUUAGAGCCAUUUAUCUAUAAAUAUACACUUUAUUUUUUAUUUGGUAGGCACUCUGUGGAAUGUGGAUAAAAUUGUAAGACAAAACAGAAAUUAUUGAAAAUUGAACAACAGGUUAAUUAUAAGUCAUACUUUGUGGUCAAAACAAAAAAAAAUUUAAUUUAAUAUAAUACAUUUUUUUUAUAAGAAUUUUAAUAUCAAAUUUUGACGAAAAUUAUAAAAAAUUAUGUGGAACGUACCUAAUUAAUGCAAGUCCAUACAAAUUGUUUCAAUAUGAUAUUUAUUUUACUGUAAUACAUAUUGUUGAAAAAGCAAUACUAUUAACCGAACUCCGCUCAGAAUCGUUUUUCGUUGGCAAUAGUUAAUAAUUAAUAUAUGCAUAUAUAUAAUGAUUAUUAUUGUUUACAUUUGUAUAUUCAAUUUUCUUCUUUAUUCGACCUUCCUAACUUCUCAUCUACAACAGUGGUCCACCCAUCGUGCGAAGUAUAUCAGUCUUUUUUUCUUAUCAAUCAUUAAUAUUAAAUUUAAUUAUUUACCCUCCCCCAUAGUCAAGAUCUGGAGACACCCCUGCAGUAUACUGUGUAUUGUUCGUGUUAACAGAAAAAAUGUAUGUAUUAUACGUACGUUAUUUUUUAAUUAAAAUCCGGGAAAGAUAUUUUUCAGACUGUUGUAUUUUUUUUUUUUUUUUAAUUAUUAAAUUUAUUAAUUUUUCAGUGUGCGGGUAAAGUGUAAUAUAACACGUUGAAUGCCACGAUAAGACCUGAAUAAUUGGUUUCACUUGCUUUUAACCGACACUUUACGAGGUAUUUACUCUGGUAUUUACCGUAGGUUACUGCCGUUACUGGUAAAUAAUUUUGAAAAAAAAAGUUGGAAUUUUAAAAAAGCUGAUAAAAAAAAUAAAUAACUUAACUGCUAUGAUACGGUAUAGACGAAUUUCGGUCAAAUGAUACCGAUAAAUGAGACCCAGUUAUUGACUAUCGCGUUUUAAAAUCUUUUGUCGAAUAACAUUGUGAGACCCUAUCAUGAUUCUCACUUCGCAUUUUUUCGAUAAAGUUUAAUAUUAGAUCUCGCGGAAAAUAAUAAGUAACUAUGUCGAAAAUCUUCGACAUUCAACGUGAUAAUAUAAACAGUUAUUUUAUAUUGACAUAAUAAAUAAGUAGUUACAGUAGGAGGUAUUAUAUAGUCCUGUUUGAAUUUCGAAAAACCUUUUACACUAUAGAUAAUAGAUGCCUAUAUCGAAUACAUAUAUAUAUUGGAAUAUUACAAUUUCGUUACCGCAUUGCACACGUGGCUGAAAAAAACAAAAGUAUACCCGAUAUUUUGUAGAAAUAGAAACGUUCUCUAUACCCGUACCUAUCUAUACUGUAUAUUAUUAUGUUAUUUGCACGCGGAACUGUACGUGAUUAUUUUUUGCAUUUUAUUUCCGUAUAUCUGAUAGGAACAUCAUGCUCGUCGAGAUGAUGGGUUAAAAAGAAAAAAAAUCCACAACGAUUUUUAAACGUGAGACCUUUGACGGUAGGUACUCAGCAUAUAAUAUAUACACGUGAUGUUAUCCCCCGGGAGUCUAGAGGGUUGUUAUCACGUAGGCAUGCAAAGCAUAACAGCAUAACCUCCUCUGGUGCUCGUUUUUAUGAAUAUUUCACGAGACUCUUGAUUAGAACAUAUGUGUACAAAAAAUAUGGUGAUUUUUUUUUUGUCUCUCCCUAUCCUAUCUACUACAAAUCGCGUCAAUUCUUGUGUAUUUAUAAUAUGGUGUCCAGUGGUGCGGUGAAAGGAUUUUUAAGAGACCGUCUACAUUUGUUUCAUUGCGCGGUUUUUCAGGGGGUUUGGGUAGCUCAUGACUUUAUACAACAAACUGUAAUAUAUCAAUUCACUUAAUUCGCAUUGUACUUAAUCGAUCAUAAUAAUAUUAGUCAGGGAAAUUAAAAUGGGCAAUCCCAUACGGCUGUACGAUAUCCGAGUUGUGUCGGUAUUCAUUAGAGAAUUCUCUUGGUGUAACUAAAAAUACUUUUAAAUAGUUCAAGCAUAAAAUUUGGUUGAAUUACUUCAACUUACUUCUUACUUACUGCAAGUUGAUCUUUAUUUAUGGUAAAGGACACACCUACAUUCGGCCAUUUCUACAAAUUAUUAAAAGUACUCACUGUAACCACUAAAAAAAUUCGAUUUUUGUUUUAUAAGUAGUAUAGGUGUUUCAAAUUUUGAUGUCCUCACUGGUGCAUACAGAGGGUGGGUUAGAGGUCAGAUCCCACAUCCCCAAAAUGAUUUCCAUCACAAUUUUUAUUUUAAAACAAGUUUCACAUUCAGCAGCAUAAUAUCUUAUACAACACAAUGGAAUAAUCAAAUUAAAUUUCAUCGAAAAUAAUUUAUUCUGUAAUAACGGUGAUGGAGUGUACUGCACUGAUAACGCGUGCUAUCCCUCCUCUAGGAAGUUUUCGUAAACACAACCCCGUUGAAAACAAAUCCUGCGUGUGCUAUUGGCUGGCCUCGUAGGUGAAAAAAAGUUCUCCGCGCCACUGUUAGAUUCCGUUAGAAUACAUAUACCUACGGAGUUUUCGCCCGUAUGCAUAGCAUCGACCGCAAACCGAAGUAAUAACUCAUUACCGGCGAAGUUAUAUUAUAUGUAUAAAAAAUAAAUAUAUACCUAGGAGAAAAGUCGUUCGACCGAUCCGAACUUUAACCGCGCGACGGCAGUGGCCGUAUAUGUUUCUCGCGAUCAAAGGUUAUAAAAAGCCGAUUGUCUGCGAUUCAGGUUUACACAACAACGAGAUUUAUACGUUUCCGUCUUUCCGCGCACCGCUGCUGCAGGUAUAUGUAUAUAAUAUAUAUUAUAUAGGCUUUACGCUCGACUCUUUUUCCAUCGGUAAAGUAAAAAAUAAAUGCCCUUAUACCGUUUAUAUCUUUUGGCCGAGGGGGAAUAAAACAACUCCUGCAACCCUCCCCGUCCCUUGUCAUUCUCGUUUGAGACUUUACGCGCGCCACGCUCGGGUUCUCCAUUAACCUAUAACAUCUGGUAAACCAGAAACCGAAUUUUUCGAUUAACCCGCCGUGAAUGUCCACCGCGGUAGAACGAAUUACACAUUCCUGUAUACGGAAUUUAUAGCAUAAUAUAAUAUUCACUUUUUUACCCAGUAUUAUAGUGUAUGUCUUAUGAAUAAAAUGCAAAAACGCGCAAUAUAUAUUUAUAUCGACACACGAGUACUAAACGUCUAAAACGCAUACCGGGUGAUUUUUUUUUAAACACGCUCACCCCACGUUUACUGUGAAAUUACGCGUGCAUUCAAAUUUUGAUUUUUUUGGAAUUUUUAAGUGUUGUUAAAGACGAUAUUUUCGAAUACAAACACUUUUCACGACAUUUAAAGAGUAUCCCGUGGCGAUAGCGACUAUGAGUUUUCAAACGAAAACCUACAUGAUGUUUUAUUGCAAAUAGUGCAUCAGACUAUUUUUCGGAAAAUGUUAACGUAUUGUAAUUGAAAUUUAAAUGGUCGAUCUGUAUAUUCGUACAUUUAUUACCGAGAAUUUUUUUAUUUAUUUAUUUUUUUUUUUGCAAUUUAAACAAAACUAUAAUAUGCUUAUGUAUUCGAAUAUUCAGAACGUCGAAAUUACAAAAAGGCUGAUACUGCUGUAUGCCAUUGCAAUAGAGGGAAGUAGAAAAUGAGAAUACAUAAAUACGAUAAACGGUUCUGACCAGAGUAUUAACUGUCGUAUUUUUUCCUUUUUUUACCAAGGUAAUCCAGAAGUCAACAAAAAUUGUACAAACAAUUUAUAGUUUUUCCCGUAUAAGUAUUAAGAAAAAUAUACAAGGAAAAUAAAGCUUUCCUAAUGCACCAACUAAAGAAAACAGUUCCUAUAACGUUUCGCUCGGGAUCUAAAAAAAAAUGAACACUUAAAAUUUCAAAUUUUACUGGAAUAAUAAUAUUAAAUGAUAAUGCGGUCAAAUGGCUAAAAAAUAGUUACACAUGCAACGCUUUUUUGUAAAAUGUAUACGUAUUACAUUUUAUUUUUGUUUGUUGGCGCGUAUUAUUUGCCGAUUAUUGGUGUAUAUCGUUGAAAUACAAACAAUCCCAUUUACUCCUCUGUCGCACCUUUGAGGUUUUUGCAAUUUGCUUUACUCGCAUAUAGUCGAACGUAUACCUAAAUGUAUGUAUGUAUGUAUAGUAUAAAACGAGUUACGGGUUUUUCAUUAUAUUGUAUUGGUAGUGAAUCCUAUUGAUUUUUGCAGCACUAUCUCGUUCAUAGUUUAUACAUACGAUUCCUCGGAAACCACUCAAAAACAUAUACACCAGUCACCAGACAUAAGUGGAGGUCGGGGUAUAAAAAUCAGUCGCGUUACGCAUAUUUGAUUUAUUUCUUUGUGCAAGACGUCCAAACGAGAAAAAUUCAAUUUUCGAGUCGCGCGUUUGGGAAUUUACUUACCCGCGUAUAUUUCUUUAAUACAAUAUAAUAGUCGCUGAUGGAAAAAUCAAAUAUAUAUACUAUACACAACUACGACACUAUGUAGACAAAAGUUGUUCGUCUAUACGUGCGUGUCUCAUCGAAUAAGUACGAGAUGUACUCGCUCAAAAGACUGAAAAUCCAAAAUAAUAUUAUGUAUUUAUACAUAUUCUCUAUAGAAUGACGCGAAAAUAUUUUUGUAAAUAUAAUAUAUAACCGCGUCAUUUUCGAGCCUCUUCCAGCGGAAGAGGAAUAAAGCUAGUUGUGUUGUUUUUUUUUUUUCCCCCGUGACGAGUUUUUAUAGUUAACACCAAACAUUGUGUACGUACACUCGCAAGCAUUCCGACAAAAACGGUCGCGUGUAUACGAAGAUUAGAUUUUGGACCCGUAGUUAAAAUUAAGGCCCGAAAGGUCAUUUGAAUAUUUUUUUUUUUUUAUACAUAAUAAUAUGUAGAACGAGGGGAAACAACGCUGCUGUGGUGCUUUUGAAAAAUAUCAUAACCUUUUUUAAAAAAAAAAAAAUACAUAUAUACGUAUAUAAGCGUGUAUUAUUAAGCUGCACGAACGGUUUAACUGUGCGCCGCGUCGUCGUGCAGUUUUUCUCCGCGAUAAUUUGUUUUUCAUUUUUUUUUUCCACUCCAAGAAUAAACAAGGAUUUUUUUACAUAUAUACUUACCGGUAAUACCGGUUUUACGUUGGUAGUGCCGCGUUCUUUGAUCGUUAUCCGUUCCUGUGCGCAUUUUUAUAAUUUUUUUUUUCUCAUUUUUUUAUGUAGGUACAAUGACGUCAACGAUCCAUUAUUGUAGGUAUUAAUUUCUCUGUGACUACAAAGUACAUAUAGGUACUAUUAUACCCACACACCGAUAUCGUUAUAACGGACGAUGUUAACGAGUUUCGAUUAUCUGAAUAUAUUAUGAAUACGUCCCGACCACUCGAAUUCAUUCGCACAUUCUAUUCGUAAGGUAUGCAAAUAAUAAUCAGCGGCGUGCCCACGAAUCUCCAGCGGGACGAGACGUAGCAAAUAAUACUGUAAUCAUGAACAAAUCGUAGAACCUUCUCUAACCAAUUUGACUGUACGGGAAUUAAAAAGCUGGAUCCUAAAAAGGCCCUUAGUUUGAUCAAUAAAUCAAACUUGUCCGUGCUAUUUGACCGAAAUAAUACAUAUACUCGUAUAUUAAUAAAUUUAAUUACUAAAUAAACGCUCACAGUCGUUGUAUUUUUAAACUAAUAGGGGGAGGGGAGGAUAUAACCCAUAAUCUCCCCAUUUCGUUGUAAUACAAUUAUUAUUGAAAUUGUACUUGACAAUAAGUAUCCCAGUUUUUUCGUACGAACCGCACAAAAGAUUAUUUUCGGCACGACGAUGAUUCAAAAACUUUUGAACGCAUACAUUUUCUUGUUUAAAACAAAACCUAUCUGAUCUGUUAAAAUAUAAAGGAAGUGACAUAAUUUAGUAUAGAUACCUGAGUAGCGAAGAAACUAAUAAUAAUUACCUACAGCGCUAGUAAUUUGAUUUCAUACGAUAAUUUUAGGGCAGAUUUAAUUAUUAACUAAUUACAAAAAUAUAUAAAUUAUAAAUUCGCGUAUAAUUUUUUUCUCAAUAAUAUCUUACAAUUUUCAAAUUCGGUAUUUUACACAGUGGCAAAAUCCUAAAUACGCCACUGCAGAUGAUAUCCCCUAUACAUUUACUGUUCCUGAUUUGUUGAAACUUGGCGCCUGUACGGUGAUAUACCUAUACUUAACGUUAAAUAUCAAUUAUCGUGUUAACAUAAAUGUAUUUAUUGCCUUUGGGAUAAUUUUAUUGCGUUGGCGUCGUAAAACGCGUUUAAACAUCCGUUAUUCGGACAGUGUAAAGUGGAGACGGAGAAAUUAUUAUUGCACACAGCGGCGUCUACUACAGGCGGUAGCUAUAAAAUAAAUUUAUUAAAUAAUUGUUGUAAAUAAGAAUCCAUUACAGACCGUAACGCGGUUCCGACAAUUAAAGAAAGUAAUAGCUUUCUAUUAUUAUCGGACUGUAUAUGCACUAUGCAGUACGAGAGAGAAAAAUCCCAUCUAUAUAGUGUAUACCCGAUAGAUCAUCCGAUUAAACUGUUGCAAGGUAGAGAGCACAGUGACUAUAAUGAACAAUAAUCAUAUAGGUAUAAUGAAGGGUGACUAAGAUAGUUUUUAAUUUUGUAAUAAUUUUUAGGACGAUUGAUAAAAUAUAAUUGAUUUCAGUGGAGCUCGAAAAAUAUGAUAUUUUAUUAUCGUCACAUAGUUAAAGUUUAAGUCUACACGGGAAUAGUCGGACGCUUUUAAAAAUUAAAUUUUAAGAAUCUUAUUGGAGCACCGUGUCAAUUUUUUCUGCUUGCCGAAUGUUUGGAAGCCUUGAAAAAAAUAUAAAAUCAAUAUAUACAAUAAUUUUUAAAAGUCACCUAUAAAAGAAAUCGUCACUACUGCAGUAAUACUUUUAUACAAUUUUAUCAGCUUGCGGAUGAUGGUACCUGUAAAACUGAAUUGAUCCUAAAUGUUUUCUGUGGCUCGUAAACAAAAAAUGGCAAACAAACUGACAUGGUGUCUCGAAACCAUUUGUCAAGUUCAAUAUCGCCCAAAGGUAUAGCCGACAGAGGUAGGAUCGGGUGUGGAGAUUAAACUCUCCCUCCAAUUUCGAAGUUUCUACAGGAAUUAAAUUAAAAAGAAGGAAACUCCCAAUUAGCUCGUAUAGCAAAUAAUUAUGGGGGGGAGAGGGAAUCAAUUCCCUCAUAAAUGACCAAUACGAUCUACGUCUUAGAUUAUAGAGUCGGUCACAUACCCAACUUGUAUGGGUACAUCGUAUUUUAUUAAUAAUUCGCCUGCUGUACCGCGCGCGUUAUUUCAAUUUAUUAUGAUUUUAUUUUUCGAAAUAUAACCGUCCGAAAUAUUCAUUUACCGCGAUAUUAUGCAACUACAGAUGUUCGAGACUUCAAUCAACGUUAAUGUAAUAUAACAUUGUCAUAAACUCGCGUGCUCUCGCGGUAUAAUAUUUUCAAACGUCUGAAAUAAUUUCUUCCUCCCCCCGCUAAUUAGAUAGAUUAUGUUAUUAUGUAUACGUAUACCUAUAUACGAAUAUCAAACAAAUCCCGCGGGACAUGCGUUCGUGUUGUGACGGCGAACCCCGUUAUGAUAUACUUAACCCAACAAACAUAUUACAUGCAUUUACGAUUUUGCGUCGAGAAAACUUCACCCUUCGCUUCCUUGAUAGUAAUAACACGUAUAUUGCCAUUUUUUCGUUCGUAUAUAAUAUGUUUUUGUGUCCGGUAAAACUGUACAUACUUAGAUCAUAUACAAUGAACAGUCAUUGGAUAUCACGCCUAUAUGGAACGACUCGAUACCGACAUAACUAUAGAAUCCGUGACAUCUGCGACUGGUUGCCAAUCUGUUUUUCCGACACUCAAUCGUUAUCACCUUUAUUUUAAAAUACAAUUCAAUCCUGCGCCGAAAUAAGUGAUAAGAGGUCACGCGCGUGCGCGUAUCAACUUGAUCAUACGCAGUCAUGUUGGCUUCACACAUUUUACAAAUUAUGUUUUAUGUCCAUUGUAUAUGAUCUAAUAUUCUUCGUCAUAUACCAUAUUAAUGAUUAAUUAUUGCGUAACAAUAUUAUUACCUAUCUGCUGUUGUAGUAAUCUCAUUUUUUUAUACAUACACGUGUAUAUCUGAACAAUUGGAUAAUAUGGAAUAAUUCGAUAAAUCAAAAUAAUGUUAUAUAUUAAUAACUGUAUACAAACGCUGAUGACGAAACUUUUUUGACGAUAUACCUAUACAGUUUGCAAACAACAUACGGUCGAGUAGAGUAUAAACUAUUUCGAUUCUGUAUGCAUGAGUUCUCGAGAUGAUUUUUUUCUUUUUAGAGCAGAGAUCUGUUAAAAAAACGUGCGUAUAUAAUGCGGGUACCGCCAUCAUAUAUAGUACACAGUAACGUCAUCAUUAUUGGUAUACGUAUACCGUAAUACCUAAUUGGCGGGAAGCGGGAAAUCUAAAUUAUGUAUAUAGAAUAAAGAAAAAGUGCAAGGAAGAAGGAUCAGGAAAAUACCUAUUACUCCGUAACCCCCGAAAUGAUAAUAACGCUCGUCAUUUUUGCGGGGCGGUUAGCGUCGUUUAAAUAUUCUAUUUUAUUUUUCUCCGCGCAAUCUAUUGAAAUGUGCCGCCGGUCUCCCGGCCGAAGUUAUUAGUAAGUAUACGAUACGGUUAAUAAAUUUACGUUUACAGAAUUUCGGACCGAAACGCACCGUCGUCGUCGUCGUCGUCGUAGAUUCUUAUUUUCGCGAUCGGUUCGAUGAAUAUAAUAGUGUGGAUAAUGCGGAUUAGUUUUUUUUUUUUUUUGUCUCUAUAAUUAUACAUUUCGCUCCGCGGUUUGGUACCUAUCUAUACAUAGGUGUAUAUUGUGUUAUUGUUAUAUAUGCAUAUCUUCAGCUAUAAUACGCGACCGCGGUGUUUGUUACUUAUUUAAUACGCGGUAACAAUAAAACUCGUAAAACGAAUUAAUUUUACAUGUUAAAUUACUUUUUCUGUUAUUUUUUUUUUCCUAUAUAUAUACUUUUUCUAUUGUUUCUGUAGGUUUGAAGAACGUUUAUUUUUAUUUUUUUUUUUUUUUUUACCUACCAUCACGUGUUUUAAUUCUCAUAUAUACAAUAUAUUUAUGUACAACGACAAAAAAAAAAAAAAUAAUAAUAAUAAAAAAAAAUAACGUAUACAUUUCGGUAUUUGUUUGUUACGGCGCGGGAAUAUAAUACACUAUGGGGAUUUGUUUAGCAAAAAACAUCAUAAUAAUAAUAACAAUAAUAUUUCGACCAAAAAUUUCGUGCCAUUUUGUUUUGCUAUAUUAUCUAACAUUCCACGCGUACAGUAUAUAAAAAGUUUUUGGGGAAGGGGAGUGGUGGGAGUAGAAGAAGAAACAAAUACUAGUAUCUCGCGAGAUUAAUGUGUCGCUCAAGAGGGGAAAAAAAUAGAUAUAAUAAUAAUAUUAUAUAUGACGUAAUAUUAUAUUUUAUUACCGUAUAAUAUGCCAUUUAUGUAUAAUAUUAUUGUCCGCUCGCGUAUAAAUAGAUAUUCAAUAGCAGUGGAUGCCAAUUUUUUUUUUUUUUUUGGUAGGGAUCUACUUUAAGAAUGUAUUUUUCCUUUGAUGAUCGAAAUCCAUAGAAAAAAAUGUAAAACUAUGAACUACCUAUAAUAGGUACAAAACAUGUAUAUUAAUAAUAAACAUACGCGUGUACAAAAUAAUAAAAUAAAAAUCUAUCGACAUUGAAAUCGUCCGCAAUCUACCGGUCCUGCCCUGGAAUAUGUUCAUAAUAAUAUAGUGUAUAGGCUUAGAAUCUUAGAUCGUAUGCAAUGGAUACAAAACAUAAUUUGUAAAAUGUGUGAAGCCAACAUGACUGCGUAUGAUCAUGAUGAUAAGCGCAUGCGCGUGGCCUCUUAUCACUUAUUUUGACGCAGAAUUUAAUUGUACUUGUAAUAAAGGCGAUAACAAUUAACUGCCGGGAAAACAGAUUGACAACCAGUCGCAGAUGUCACGGAUCCUGGUUAUUGAAAAUUAUUUAAUUUAAGAUAAUUAAUUUACUGUUAUUUAGGUAGUUAUUCUCGUCACUUAUAUUUUAUUACUUUAAAUUAAUUAUCAUAGAGCUGUACUGGAUAUUUAUUAGGUAUAUGGUGAAAUUAAUAAAUUUGACAACGUCGCAUAUAAUCUCAUACGCAAUCGUGUUUAUUUUUUUUAUUGAAGGUAUUUUCUAACCCAACAUACAAACGUACGCAAUCGUGUUACCAAAAUGGAUCGUGUUCCACCCGACUCGAGCCCUCUUCUUAUACCAAAGAUACAAUAAUAAAACCGGCUAUAUUAUGUGUAGUGUUACCGAUUCUGGAGCUGCGGUGUAUAUUAUAUAGCUAAGUACGUCUCGUAUAAUCUACUUUAUACAGUACGGUUAUAAAAUACAGCUAAUGUUGUACGCGCUGUCGCGAAAAUAAUCAUAAUAACGUGUUGUUUGUGUUUUAAAAAGUGACAUCCGGGAGAGUUGAAAUAGGAAGUACUCGAAUGAUGCGAUAUUAUUAUGUUAUACUAAAUACCCCUCUACAUAUUAUUAUACACACGAAAUCGUACACUUCAGACUAGCAUCGACGGCGGUAUUUAAAAUAAUAAUAAUUAUUAUUGUUAUUAUGCUUGUUCAGCGCGAUGUUCCGACCGGGCGACAGUGGGUAUCAAUGACAAAAGAGAAGUGAGUGGGUACCUAUGUAUAAUAUAAGACACACUGCCGUGUGUGUGUAACAUUGUUUUCAUCGACAUUAUUAUGCUCAGCAAAAAUCAUAUUUAUUUCCACACGUCUCAUCCCCUCGCCACCACCCUUCCCCCCCCCUUCGGUUAAAAUGUAUACCUAUACACGGUAUAGCUCUUCUCUCGUAUAUACAUAAUUUCUGCGCGAUUACACAGACAAUAAUACAUAGACGGGUAGUUUUUAAAAAAAAAAAAAAAAAAUGGUUUUUCCCCUUUUUUUUUAUUACAAGUACCUGCGUUUCGAGCGGAGAUUUUGUUUUUCCGACGGGGCCGCGCGUUUUAAAUGGUUUUGAUAUUCGAAAUACCAGCUAUACGCCUACUCGGUAAUCGUAUAUUAUUUAUACAUAUAAAUGCACGUAUUAGUAUUAUUUUAACAGACACGUAAAAUAUAAUUAUAAUAUCGUAUGUACCGCCGUUACGUAUAUAUACAUUGAAAUAUUGUAUAAUACGGAUGGCGACGCAACAGGUUUAUUAUAAUAAUAUACGUUUCGUACUUUUCUUUUUUUUUUUAUCCUUUUUUUUAAUCAUUUCAUUCGUCAAACGCAAACGCCGCGAGUAUUUUUUCCAUUUGUUUUUUUUCCUCCUAGUUUAGUCCGGGUCCCUUUUGAAUCGAAAACGCCGCCGCCUUCGGUGCGGGACGAAUAAAUCCGCGGUGCUUAGUAAACCAUUAAAAUAUUACGCGUUCAUAUUAUUUAGAAAAUAAAAAAAUAAAAAAUACGUUGAUAUUACGCCUUCAUUUAUAAUAUUAAUAUUAUAGUUAUUAUUAGCGACUAGAACACGGUUUUCUAUGUUACACGCGCAUGUUCGUUUCCUUUUCGUAUUUAUUUUCAUUUUUUUUUUAUCAACGAGUCGUUUACGAAUCACACUGCUGUAUACAAUCAGAAGUCAUUUACAAAGUUUUAUUUUUCAUAUUUUUGCAUGUUUUUUUACCGUGUAAUUACACGUCGUUUCAACGCGCCGAUGUGUCAAAAUCAUUGCCGUAGAUCUACGUGUAUUAUUCAUUUCAAACGAGAUUUUUAUUCCCAACAAAUAGUGAAUAGUAAAAAGACGUUUAUAUCGCAUGUUGCACAAUAACGGCCGUAAAUGAGUUGUUUAAAUUUUUCAAACAUAAUUAUUUUUUUUGCUGCACAAUAUUUAAAUCAUUUUUAUUCGUAGAUAGCAUGACGUAAUGCAUAACAUAAAACAUGUGUAUGCAAUUACGUAGCGGGCGGUGUUCCGUGAAUACGAAAGAGAGAUAGUAAUAUUUGCAAUAUCAAAAUCCUAUUUGUAUCCCAUUCACUGGUAAAUUUACUUUUUUCACGUGAAUUAUUAAUUCCUUGUUGGGUAUAGUGAGAAUAACCAACCGAUUGGUUUGCGUGCACGCGGAGUGAUAAGAAUAAAAUGUGAUUUUGCGCACGUUUCGAGGGCAAAUAUGUGCGACCAAUCAAAAGCGGGUGCGGGUGUGGAAGACGACUCGCUACUCCUGACAGAGGAGCAGGGAAAACCCAUUUACCUCGACUCGAACAUGAUACUGUUGCAAGGAGGAUGAUACAGUGUCCUAAAUGUAAACCUAAACAUCGCUAAUGCGAGACCGGGACUUUAGCCACCUCCGAAUAAUCGCAAUUACGUAGCGUGAAAAUAAGAUUAUUUUUCAAGUGAUUUUCUGUGGCUUAAGGUAGUAUAUUGUUGAGUAAAAAACUUGAUUUAAAAAAAAUUUAGUGAAGGAAGAAAUUUCUGGGGUGGUUGACCCCCUCUGUGUGCGCCACUGAUCCGUGGACCAUGGUUUUAGUGCGUAUAAAUCUGUGCUUUACCAAAUUACCUAAUUGUUAAAAAAUUAACCAAUAUAAAUAUAAGUGCAAAACUAUUACUACACGCGUUUAUUAUUAUGCGUAUUGAGUCGAGCCGUUCGACGCGGGCGAAAGGUCGGAAGACUUUCACCGGCGCUUUCCAAGCCGGAUGUGUCCGAAACGUAAUAUUAUUAUUAUUAUCAUCGUUACGUGAUGUAUAAUAAUACAUCCGCAUCCGAAAUCCGAAUCGUUUAGUCGAUGACUUAUACCUAUGGGCCCGACAACUUUCCCGUUAUCGCCCCGUAACAGUACCUAAUAAUAUGAUCAUCAUCAUCCUCGCGUAUAUGUAAUAUAAUAUAGACAUUAGUUUUGCAUUAAAUCACAGACACGAAUGCCGCGAGUAUACUCGUAUAACGUUAUUAUAAGAUCAUUAUAGGCAUUUGCAGUGUACUCUAAUUAUAAUUUGAUCGCAUUCGAUUUUACAUCAAAGUGCCGGGGUCGGUUACCGCGUUUCACCGGUACAAACCGCUUCACGAUUAUAACGGCUAAAAGCAAGUCCCCUACUGGACUGUCCGAACAUCUAUUCGAAAAAAUGGCGAGGCCGAAAUUUUUCCCGAAAAACAUCGAAACGUAAGAUUAUAAAUAUUCACAGAUUCGUAGCUCCGCCUGAUUGAUUUUCGCCGAUAUUUUUCGAAAUCUAAACAGUAUUCGCCAACAGCUCAGGCACUGCUGAAGUGAGGAUUUGAAAUAAAACCAUUAAUCUAAUUACCUUUCUUUUACUCCUUUUUGGCGUGUUUCGAUCUUCCGGUAUUGUCUGUCUUUCUAUACUCACUCCAAUAGUCCUUUUGCCUUCUGUUUGGCCGCUUUACGUUAACAUAUUUUCGGCCUCGGGCCCUUGCAGAUUUUCGAGACGAAAUCGGUUCAUAAUCGUUCCAUUGCUUUUUUCCAGGUCGUAUAAUCCCUCCGGGCGUUUCUAGUUGUGUAUAGGGAUGCGUUACGAUUGCGUACUGGUCUUUUUCACUAUUACGAUUACGUACGUUCUACCUACCCAAAUUUAGUGCAAAGUUGCCGUUGCAUAUUCACAAGCGUGAUGUUUGUGAAAAAUUUGUAAACUAACUUAUUUUAGGAAAAACCUUUGAUUAACUAUUCUUUAAUGUACUCAGUUUGUUAUACGUAAUUGUGAAUAUUAUUUCCACAACUAAAGUUAUCGAAAAAAAAAAAUAAUAAUAACCGCAUGUAAAUAACUGUACACUCGAUCUAAAAUAGAUGGUAAUAUAUUCGAUUUUUAUCUGCAGGUACUGGUUAUCUAUAUCAAGGUUUUAGAUUAUAAUUUAUUCGUUUAUUAAUAGUUUUUAAUCUACUAUACUAUCGGUUUUGUGUCAAUAGUUUUAAUUCUAAAUUAUGUUGUUAUUUUUAUAAUCAUUUUCAAUAUUUUAUAACAUAAUAUAUUAUACACAGAUUACUGAAAUAUAAUUUAUAAUUUGUAUUUGCACCGUAUUAUAAAUUAUAUAUUGCCUUAAUUAACUAUAAACUAUUGUAUUAUUUCAAUAGUACCUAAUAACCUAGUAACUUUAAAUCAUUUUUUAUUAAUUCACGCACAAUUUUUACUUAACAGUUAAUUUGCUAUAUAUUUUACUAGCCACCAAGUAUUCGUAUGUUAUACGUUCACAUAAAAAUCAUUAUAUACAUAGUUAAUAAACUGAGUAUUGCAUGUUGGCAACGUUGCACUCAUUUUUGUACGCAAUCGUAAUAUCUUUAAGGGUCAGGUACAAAAAUCGUACGCAGUCGUAGAUCACCGGUGUAUACAGCUAUUGUGUAUAUUUAUGCCCGAGCUAAAUGCGGCUUCAUAACCACCGAAAUGCUCUUGUUUUUUUCGUAAUGAGUAUUCAGUAAAUUAUAAUAUUUUAUGUUUAUCGACUUGUUGGUUUACUCAUAUAUUCGUGUCCUCUCCUGCAGUUCAUUGUAUCGCUAAAGUUUUUGGCCCGGUUGUUUUUUGUUGUUGUUCGUGUCCGCCGAUGAAUAUAACCCGCAGACAUUAUUUUAUUAUCUUAUGUAUCCCGAUAAGCUUCGAUCGAAAUAAUUCGUGGGCGCCCACAGUAAUAUUAUUUAGUUAUUGUCCAAAAACGUUCUCGAUGUUGUAAUUUGUAUUGUAUUACGAGUUUUAUUCGUCCGACCGGUUAAUAUAAUAUUUGGAACACCGCCACGCAGUCGCUUCGCCGCCGGUUUUAUUAAUUGUUAUUGUUUUCAUUCCCCCCCCCCUCCCAUCAACCAAUAAUAUCUAUCUGUAUUAUAUUAUUUUAUUCAGUAAAUAAUAACACAAACGGCGAAAAUAUUAUUGUUAUUACGGUUGUUGUUGUAACAUAAUGUACAAGUUAUUGACGAUGAUGAAUAUUGUGCGAAAUAAUUAUUUUAGAAACUUUCCGGGCGGAACUUGUUUGUCCCCCCCCCCUCUCCCGAAAACCAAGUCGACCGAACAAUAUAAUAUUAUUAUUAUCUUUGAUGAAAACUUAUAGCAAUAAUUAUUAUAAUAAAGACGAUCGAACUCUAAGUAAACAUUUAUACCUAAAAUGGCAAACUUUUUAAUUGGGUGUAUCCUACUAUUAUAUUGUUAUCGUCGUAUAGACCUUUUAAAAAAUCGCAAUCGAAUGAUCACAGAAAAAAAUAAUAAUAAUAAAACAGUUUAAACACAAACGGAAACCCAUUGUUGCGAUAAAUAUGAUAGUAUUAGCUCGAAACGAACCUACACCUAGUAUAAUACCCAUUGUUCGUUUUAAUGUAAAUCGUACCUGCAAUGAUUAAAUCUAUAAACUUUCGAACGGCCAAAGUGAAAACGAUUUUCGCGUAAUCGUUUUACGUUAUGAUUUCGAUUUUCAAUUUCGGCGGUUAAGACAUAAAUUAAGAUCGUAAUGUUAUUAUAAUUACGAAAUUACUGAUCGUUAUUUACAUUCAGAUCAUAAAUAUAACAAUUCGUUUUAGGAAAUUCUGGCGGCAAAUCAAUAUUUUUUUUUUUUAUCGUUGAUUUUAUAAAUUCGCUCUAUAGGUACUGUAUGUUGUUUUUUUUUUUUUCAAAGUUCAUAUUAAAUAUUUCAUUUGUAUCAAAAUAAUAUUAUCUUUAAAAAUUACCUGAAAAUCUUCGAACCAACGAUGGAAGAUAGCGGAAAGUGAACGAGGAGAAUGUUAUAUUCCAAAGUGUGUGUAUAUGUAACGCAGAGUGGUGGUGCACGCUCUUAGGGAUUCGAAUGAGCUUAUAAAAUAGCGGCGAUAGAGGAGAAUUCGUGUGGGAAUAGACUCCUAUGAAAGGUCCGAAACGACAUCGAAAGACGUAAUAAUACUUGGGAUUUCGAUUGGCGGUGGUUCGAACUGGUAAGAAAACCCAAUUAUGGAUAUAGACGUAAUAAAUACCGGAGAAGACGAGUAGACGACAAAUAAUUGCAUGUGAUUUAUUUGAGGACUUCUAAACGAAAAAAAAAACGAGUAGAGACGUCAUACUGAAACUGUUCAAUAAUAAUUAAAUACCUCGCAGAAUUAAAUAUCUAUUUUUUUAAUACCUAUAGUAUUAUAUUAUUAUUAUAUGUAAAUAUCAAUUUCUAAAAAAAAAUUAUGUAUAAAAAAAGUGACGAUAUAUUAAUUAUAUUAAAACCCUUUAAAACAAUUAAAAUAAUAAUAAUAAAAUGUGAAUAUUUAACACGAAAUAUUAUGACUUUAUUAAAUUCGCUUACCUAUCUACCCACUGCAGUAUAUUAUAAACUUGUCGUUAUGACGUGUCACUAUAAAUAAUAAAUAAUGCAAUUUCAUUUCUCGUUUUAUGAUAAUAAAUAGUCAACGUCGGUAUAUUAUGUAUGCACCGAAGCGAACAGUAUAAAGAGAAUUUGUAUAAUAUAUAUAUAUAUAUAUAGGUUAUUCUUACUCAUAUAAAUAAUAUAUUGUACCUAAUUUUAAACUCUUUUUUUAUUUUUUUAUUUUUUUUUUUAUAGUUCGGAGGGUUAGCUUUUUCAGUUGAACAUAUGUAUGAUUUCGGGGCAAAUAUAUUAUUAUUAUUACUUGAUAAAUUAAUUUACUACCGACAAUAAUGGUCACUGUAUAGAGAACGAAAAACAAAAAAAAAACAAAAAAACAAAAAAGUCACCGAAAGCUAGCUGUUAUAUCAUAAAGUUGUAUACUUUCGAAAACUUUGUUGUUUUGUUCAUAUCGGAAUAUAUUUUUUUUUUACACUUCGUAAAUGACUUUUUGUUCUUAUUAAAAAACUAAUUUUUUUUUCUCCCAAACACAAACUACAACGUUACAACCUAAAUUAUAAUAUUUCCCCUUAAUUACGUAAGAGUAUACAACAAAGGUUAAAAAAAAAAAAAAUGAUAGCCCUAAAGUUGUUGAUUGUCGAGUUGAUUGUUUAGCAUAAUAAAUGCGCCCGCGCGGUUUAGAUAACUUCUAUACAACUUCGUUCUCUGCUGUUCAAAUAGUAGAUUCUCUAUAUAAACAAUAUUAUAUAUUAAAUUAAAAAAUAUUAUUUUACUCCUCGGAUAUGAUAAUCAGAUAAAAAUGGUUACCAAAAAAAAAAUCCCGGAACCAAGCUACCUAUGUAAUAUUCAAAGCUGAGCUUUUUACUGGUUAAAAAGUUAAGUUGUAAGUUAACUUAACUAGUUAACAGAAAAAAAAAAAGAAUGUUAGAAAUAUUAACUGUUAUUUUUUUAAUAAACAAUUUUAACUUAGCUAAGCUAUAAAAGACGAUGUUUCUAAGUUUUUUGCAUUUUUAUUUUAAGAAAAUUAGGUAUUUCUACGGGAAUAUUAUUAUCACAUAACAAUAAUAAGAAGAAGGGGCGAGCGGUCUAUUGGGUACUCACGCGAAUCUUGUAUGGUAAAUUUUAUAAAAGUAUAAAUAUAUUACAAACUACAUUUACGAGUGUAGUCAAGGGUACUUUUAAAAAAGUAAUUUUUAACUUUUUCAACUCUAGCUAUUAUAUUUUCCCGGAAAUAUGGAACUUGACUUAAACUAGUUUAACAUUCGGUUAACCUCCGCCCUCCAUUAGCUUUUUAAUAUUAAUACACUUGUAUUCGACGUUAAAUUACACUCUGAACAUAAUAAUAUAUAACUUCGGUCCCAGAGACUUUGGCUUAAGUCAAUUUCGUACAUGUAGUUAUCGGAUACAAGCUAAUUAAAUUUUGAAAAUUGCUAAUUGACACGUAUGGCAUGACAGCUGAAUCGCUUAACGGCCUAACCUGAAUAUGGCGUUCCAAAUGGUUCGAGUUGUAUUACGAUUAAACGACUUGUGCGUGUUUGCCAGACAAAAAUUAUGUCACAACGACUUAAUUGAUGUUUUAAUUAACGGUACGGCGUGCGUUAGAAUAUACUCGUAUACAAUAAGUAAACUUAUGGCGUUUAGAACAAAAAGAUAAAAAAAAUUGAGUAAAGCCGUUGCAUCGCUAAGACCGUAAUCAUAAUGUUGUCUUAUCGUUUUUGAGAAAAUAGUCCGCGAUUUAUUCCGUACAAACGAUUAUUGACUUUUGGUAUUUUAUAAUAUGUAUUUACAAUAAAUUAGUAUGAUAAAAUACCCGCUAUACAGUCAAAUGCUAUAAUUGUCAUCAUAAUUAUAUUCCGUCGACAUUAAAACGGACCAUUUAGACAUUAAUUAAUGCGUAUACAUAAAAUAAUGCGAAUAUGAUGGGGGGGGGGGGGAAAAAAACAAAUAUACGCCGCGNGGGGGGGGGGGGAGAAAAAAACAAAUAUACGCCGCGCAUUAAACUCAAACGAGACGACGACGAAAGCUUUGAAAGUAAAUAUUGUUAAAAAAUAAUAUACAUAGUGCAGGGUAUACAUCGACGGUUAAUUCGGUCGACGGGACGCCGCCGUCUUAUUGGCGACGAGAUCACUCGGGAUGUUUGCAGUGAUGCGACCGCACCAAUAUUAUAACAUGGGUAAUUGCUUCUUUCCUCGCCCUCUCUCCCACCCCCACCCCCCACCCCCGUCACCAUCCGUUCGGUUCGAGUGCGUAUUCGAGAAACGUAUCCCGGGAAAACGCCGUCUUUGGUCGCGGCAUAUUUUUCUUGGCGUUAUGUUCGAUGUCGUUGUAAAUAAUCGCGACUUAUGGCGAACGAAUGGCUGCGAAUGGGGAUGGGGGGGGGGAAACCAACGAUAUAGUCAAUAUUCCCGAAAUGCCGUUCGGCCAUUUUUUCACCGUUUCCGCACGAUAACCUGUACGGUAUGUAUGCGUUUUCGCCGUCACGGGUAUUUUUUAACUCUUUAAUACUCUUAUUAUAGCUGUACGUCCGUCCCGACGGAUUCCGACCGUCUGUUCGCCCCCGUACUGACGCGUACACGGACACCCGGAGGUGGAAGAAAUACGAGGAUUCUGCCCCCCCCACCCUUAGAUUUCAAAAUUUCAAAUAUAAUUUUUAUAAUCAGAUAAUUUAUAUUAUAAUUUUGUUAUAAUUGUUCGGUGUUUGAUUUUAUUAUGCCCCUCCCUAUGACGUCGGUCUGGUCAUCAAAGGGCCCAGGUGGGUUCUUAUUUAGGGUUAUACGUAUGAAAAAACGUACGAAAAACUUUAUUCAGACACCGGCCCUCCCUGGUAAAUUCCCUGCGUGCGCCCAUGGAUAGGUAAUGAUAAGGUAUCACUGUUUCCGGUUUGACAAUCGUUUUUCCCCGCAGCCCUACAAAAUAUGUACACGGAAAUGCAAAUGUAUAGAGCGACUCGUAGGAUAAUGUAUAAUACAAUAAAAUGUACCGUUAGUUAUACAGUGUAUCGUAACGGAUUCCGAUCGAUUCGUACGAGAUGUCCUAUAGCGAGGAGACGGUAACAUAAUAUUUUAACGUUUAUGUACACCCAUUAACUGUUGUUUAUUUUAUUUUUUUUUUUCCUCGAUCUAAUCAAUAUUCGGGUUAUUCGAGUGUUUGUAUAACUGAAAUACUAAACUCGAAUUUUGUUUUUUUAAUAUCAUGUGGGCCCCAAAGCGUUAUGGUGUUGUGAAAUAUUAUUAUCUGUGUAAUACUAUACUCGCCGCCGCAUAAUAAUAAUAUAGGUAUAGGUACAUAAAGGAAGUAGUAGGUCAUCGUCAUCACCAUCGUUUGUACUCUCCACAAAAGGUGAGGUGUUGAACGAAUUUUUUUUUUUUUGUUUGUUUAUAUUUCUUCAUUGUGAAUAUACUUUGAAUUUAAUAUAAUUUAUAUAAGGGUUAAAAGUUUAAAACAAAGAGUGUUUAUGUACGCGCGCGCGACUAAAAAACAAAAAUCUUUUCAAUUAUAUUUUAUACGAGGUAUACAUAUAGGUGUAUCGUGGGGUCUUUCUGCGUCUAAAAUAUUAUAAUCAUAUUAUUAUUCUGCACAGUUUUCACACCCUUUUUAAUAAAGCGUAAAAAAAAACCGCGCCAAAUGCUUCUGUUAAUAGCGUCGUGUUGUCAGACAACGUUUAUUGUCCGUAAUGAAAACGAUCGAGUUAUUAUUACGUCCGUAUAUAUUUGCUUGAGGGGAAUUUGAACCGCGUGUAUAAACAAAACUUUCGAACAAUAUAAAAAUCAUAAGACCCUGUGUCUGGUUUUUACCGUAUAUAGUAGGCAUACCGACAUUUUUUUUUUUUUUUUCUGUUAUUUGUCCCGUACACUUCCUCGUUGUCGCGACAAACUCGUCAAAACCGUAAAAGAUAUUGAGACCGAUAGGAGUGGCGGAGCGUAUGCAGAGAGAAAGAUUGCCCGGAGAAGCCGAAAAACUGAAAAAAAAAAACAAAAACAAAAACAAAAACAACUUCUUACAAGAAGCCCAAUACGAUAGAGGCGAAAGAAAAACCAAGAUUGAAGAGCACGAGCGUUGGACAGAGCCGAUGGCUGGUACCCGCAGUUAAAGGAGCUGUGCAAUGUUACGGUUGCAUUGCCCGUUGAAAUAUCUUCUUCCCGCGGCCUUUAGCACUCUCUCGCGGUUUUUACUGUAAAUACGAAAAUUCCGUAAGCCUAAAACGGCGAGCACUGCUGCGUGUAUGUAUGCCCCGAAAUUCCGGGAUUAUGUUAUUAGACAUUUCUGAAUACAUGCGGGGGGGGGGCAUCGCUUCGUAAAAACGCGAUCGGCCGUAAAUGCCGUGUUACUAUUAUUGAUUCGCUGGCCGGAAAUAUAAUACGCGAACGCGGCGUACCGUAUGGACCGUACAUACUAUUUAUUGUCGUAUCCAGUACGCGUUAGGUCCUGCAACGUGUUUACAUUCUGUGCGCAGUGAGGAAUGUAUUGAUUCUACUGCGAUGUACGUGCGGGUGCGUGUUUUUUUGUAUGUGCCUGUAGCCGAAUUUUCUAUCGGAAAUCUGGCCCCGAUCAAAUCUUUUAUAGGAACUCUCUUGUAGCGGUUUUCGAUCCAGUCGGUGCGUCGAGGGGGUCAUUUCGUUUUGUAUAGGUUUCGUACUGUAAAUGGGAAAAAGCUGUCGAUUUUUCGCUACGGUUUCCGUCGAUUUUCGGGCUGCCCAUUCUAGGAAAAAACACUCUACUCAGAAACGGUUUUCGUUAGCAAUUAGUCUAUAGUAAUUGCUCGCAGAUCGUUACACGGCUGUGUAAUAUGCCCUCGUCUCGCCACCGUUGUUCCCGUCUUUUCCCGAAAAAAAAAAAAAAAAAACAUUGUCGUGGUGCCCGUCGGCGGUAUCGCUUUUUUUUUUUUUUGUUUUUUUUUUGUUUUUCCUAGAAAAUUUUAAACACGCAACACUCGCAGGUAUUGUAUUUUCAUUCGACGACGGUCGUCCCGUCACGACCGCACGUCGUGCCUACGCGUCUGUAAAUUAUAUUAUUAUAUCAUCGCGUACCACACGUAAACUCGCAAAAAGUUACCGCGUCCAAUUAAAUGAACGCGCAGCGCAACGAACUGCAGUGACGGGUUUUCCUUCCAUAUUUUUUCCCGCCUUCACUCUCGUCCGCCCGUCCGUCCCUACUCGUUCCCGGGGACACCGGUGCGGCAAAACGAAUUUGUCGCACGCAUCGCGUGGCGUGCCGUUGACACGACGGCGACGGCGAGCGUGUCUGCACCAACGCGCCGAGCCCGUCCGUCGGCGGCGGCGACGAACCGGCGGCGGCCCCGGUGAUUAAUGACACGUUUACAUUCGCUCGUUGUGCGUGGCGGCGCGUUUGGCCGUUGCUACAGUGUUGUACGGUAUAUCGUGUGUGUGUGUGUCGAGAAUAGAAACUCGAGUAUAACAAUCGGAACGGCUGUGGGCCGGGGCCGGGGCCGGGGGGGGGAUGGGAGGGCGGAUGCUUGCAGGGAAACCCGGUUGAUUACGCGAAAAAUUAUUAAUUUCGUUUUAUCUGCGCUGCGGUGCCGCGCGUGCGUUCAUCCGACCCGCGUGCGUACGUGUAGCCGUAUUACGCGCGGGCACCCGUGUACGGCAGCGCGGCGUCCGCGAGCGUCUCUAGAAACUUUACGACGUCGAAACCCGGAAAGAAUAACACAACAGCCGAGCGCCGCGACCGCGGCAACGACGGAACGGAGAAAGGGGGGAAAAAAAAAAAAAAAACUUCGAAACGACCAAAGUUUCGCGGCCGGAAUAGACAGCGUAGUGUAGUAGAUGGACGCGCGGCUAAUUAUAUCCGCGGCGGUCCCGCGAGUCAAAGCCGGCAGGGGGACGGGCGCGAGGGCCCGGGCGUUUUUCCUCUCUCCGUGAAUUCUUCAUGGGCACUGUGUUGUACAGAGUCGUACGUACACGCGUACGUCGUCCGUAAACGAAUCGGCGCGGGAAAAUCGGGAAGGGGGGGAGGGCAGGGUUAUUUUCCGGGAGGAAAAAGUUUUCCCGGCAGUCGUUAUUGUUAUUAUUAUUGUUAUUAUUAUUCGUAUUAUUCGUACUGUAAUAUGUACAGUUAUCGCUGUAUUACAUUGUAUUAAUUUUUAUUUUUUCGCUUUUCAGUCACGACAGAGACACGCCGUUCACGUUCCAAUUGGGCGUGGGUCAAGUGAUCAAAGGCUGGGAUUUGGGACUGACGAAGAUGUGCGUGGGCGAAAAGAGGAAGUUGACCAUACCGGCCGAUCUGGCGUACGGUGACCGCGGAGCAGGGAACGUCAUUCCCGGAGGUAAAUCUUGUCACUGCCGCCGUGUGCCGUCCACCGACCGUCGCCGUAACCGAAAUCUUCCCGUUCGGUCCACCGGCUAAAGCCUCCGCGUCUUUUGUUCCGCUGCGUCUUCUCCGCCGCGUUCUCUCGGCCAUCCGUGCGCGCGUCCAUUCCCCGCGUGCGGGUUCCGUCGUCGCACUGCAACCGGUGACUACUGUACCGUACGCCGCGACGUGACUACGCGUUAAAAAGCGCUGCCGGGUGAAACGUUUUCGUCCGCCCCUAUAAUCGAAAACAGCGUUCGUUUAUACGUUCGUGACCGCGGAACAGCGCAAUCGCCGUAUUUUCUGUAUUUAUUUAAUUGCGCGAUUUUUUUUUUUUUGAAAAAGACGAAACCGACCCGAUCCCGUUAAAACGUUCGUUUUGAUUUUGAACCGAGUAAAUUUACGUUUACACCACACACCACACGUACGUCGAACGUACGGCGUUCGCAGUGUUGAAUACACGCGGUACUCAACGGUAUCGCGGUUUUGAUAUUAUUAGCUUUAUCGGUUGUCGCCACAGGAGGCGGCACAACGACCGCGGCCGACUUGCCGUAACUUAACCUGCCAAACACUCGGCGAUCACCGGCGCCCCCCCCCUCCCGCCGCCGCCGCCUAUCGCACGUCAUGCGAGAUGUGCCGUGUAACGCGACCGCCCCUGUUGCCCCCGCCGUAGUUGCGCCGGUAACUGUAUAAACGUACGCGUAACGCACACGUAACGGCGGGCCGUUUUGGCUUCUCCGCGCACGCAAGCCCACGGCUCUUCGCGGGAGGUUUUUUUGUUUUUCGCGAAACGCGCUCUUCUCCGACGAUAACCUUCUCCGAAAGUGAUUAUCCGCAGUUUUGCAUUCGGUCCUCCGGCGUUGAUCUUCCGUUCCCGCCGUACCGAAAACCAUUCUCCGCGAUCCCGCGGCAUUUCGUGCAACGAAUAACAACGGGACAAUAACGCGCGCGCACCGUGUACCACGGCCGUCCGUUCGCCGGUCGUAUUACAGGCCCGCGUUACGGCGCGUUACCACGAGCGCCCGAAGCGUGUACGGUACCGCGUGCGCGCAAUAUCGCGGCCGGACGGACGGAAGAGGAUUGCACGCGACUCGUCCGCGUCACGACGUUGUAACGAAUGACGCGUUCGCCCGGUCGCCCGCACUCGCGGUUUACGCCUGCGUGACGCGUAUUACGCCGCAGUAAUAUCGCAACGUCAAGGCACGCGUCGAACGGAUCGCGUGAAACGGAUUUCGGAAUUAUUAGCGUAGUGAGUUGUACACGUGUGCGUCCGCUGACCGGCAACGCGGACGGACCGCGCGCAUCGGUCCGUCCGGUAAUGCCGACGAAACUGAUCGGAGGGGCGGCUUUUCCGACCGGCGCGGAUGACGUCGUACGGAUUGCCGAUAAGUGGACGCGUGUCGCGACGCGCGUGUGAUAUUCUCCGAAUCGUGACCUUUUUUUCUUUUUUUUUCGAAUAUGUCACGCAUCCACGUUUUACGUUUUCUCUCAAUUCCUCUUCUUUCUUCUCCAUCUUCUCCGUCCAACAACAAAGCAAUAAUCCAACAAGUCCUUCGUCACAUUCCGCGUUGUCUAUUAGGUACUACUGGGUCUGUUACACGCUGUAAUGUUUCAGCCCCGCGGACACUCGCAACGAAAAUGCGAAUGUUACUGAAAAAAAAAAAAAUCCGACAGUCGCAUCCGGCAAUCCGAUCGCUGCGCACGCAUACGGUGGACGCGCUACCACAAAUCGAUCCGUUUCACACGACGCGUGCACCCGUGGACGCGUACCUUUAUUCGUAUUCCGUCGUGCGUAUUGUACGAAAAUCGCCCCGGGCGCAUGUUUCAUAAAUACCGCCGGCAGUGCGACCGAACGCCGUCCGAAACCGCUCGAAACGCGGCUCGUCCGCGUCUUGUUUAUCGUCCGAACGCAUUUCCAUCGUGCAAUACCGCCGAGGUGUAGGCGGUUUUCUGGAUACCGGGCGCGGUGAUGAACGUUUUAUCGGUUUUACCGCGGUAUGGCGCGCGUUUUCUGCCCGUUAACGGCUUUUCUACCGGAAAUAUUGCUCCGACCGGAGCAACGAUCUUCCCCCGGCCGGCGAGAUCGGUUUUUGUAUUUUAUAUUUAUCGAUCAACAUCGUCCGUUCUCUUGAUAAUUCGGCGGGAGGAAACUGAAAAAUGUACCGCGAUAACGGUUUCGUUCGUUUAGAUUUUUACGGUUUUGUUUUUUUAUACCGGUACAAUUCGCUCCGAAUUCAAAACGGUUCUGAAAGAAAAUGUCCACUCUUUGUGAUGUGUUGAACGGCGGUUUCUUGAUUUCCCUCGUAAUUAUCUUAAUAAUAGGGAAAAUCUGGUAAAAAAAAAAAAAAUAGGAAAAACGUACGACAAUAUAACGGUUUUAUUAUUUUAGGUUUUUUUUUUUUUUUUUUAUAAAUCGAUAGACCCGAAAUUAUUACCGAAUAUUUAUAAAUUAUUCGCCUUUUCGAGAAUGUGGUAAAAUUUCCAAAAUAUUCGGGCGAUUUUUGAGCGUUAUUUAUAGACGUUUGCCAUUUUCUCAUUUUUUUUUUUUUUUUUUAAAUUUCGGUAUUCUUACAUAUGUUAUUUUUAAUAACGUUGUUUAUUGUUAUUGCAGGCGCCACAUUGGUAUUCGAUGUGGAACUGUUGAACGUCGGCGACCAAGCGCCCACCACAAACGUGUUCAAGGAAAUCGACCAGGACCAAGACAAGCAACUGUCCCGAGACGAAGUCAGCGAGUAUCUGAAGAAACAGAUGGCCGCGGCCGAGGGCGCGGAAGGCGGCGACGACAUCAAGCAAAUGAUGUCCGACCACGAGAAGCUCGUCGAGGAAAUAUUCCAACACGAGGACAAAGACAAGAACGGUUUCAUAUCGCACGACGAGUUCUCCGGGCCCAAACACGACGAGCUGUAGGACCUCGCCGGGAGAAGGAGUCGUUCGGAAGAAAAAAAAAAACAAAAAAAAAAAAACACUGUUAUAAAAUAAUAAUAAUAUAAUGUAAAUGAAUUGACGAGGAAUAUUUGAUUAAACCAUACCGCGUUACAUAUAAUAGGACGGCGAUAUCGAAACGGGAAGUACUUAAAAGUUUUGAAUACUCUCCGAUAAUUUUUUUUUUUUUUCUUAUCAUAUAUAAUGUUGUACUCAUAAAUUAUAAUUAUUAUUAUUAUUAUUAUCAUUAAUGGGGGUUCGCCAAAGAAAAAAAAACCUCCGUGAAGAUUUCUGUUUUUAUUUUUUAUCUUUUUUCUCGUUAAAUUGUACGAAUAAUACUAAUUUGUAAUAUUUAUUUGAUUCAGACAGAAAACUAUGUAAUAAUAAUAAUUACAUUAGCAAUCUAUUAUACGCGAGUAUAAUAGAAUAAUCUUUAUAUAAUCGUAAUAAUAUUGGACUAUAUACACGAUCACUUAUGGUCCGACAAUUUUUUUUUUUUUUUUUUUUUUAAAAAUUGAAAACUUUUUAUAAAAAGACUGUUGUAAUAAAAAUAAAAAAUAAAAAAAUGUUUUUAUAUAA